ACCGUGUGUUUGUGUUCACCUCGAUACGCUCGAAGCACUGCCACCAACGACGGUAAGCAGCGGAAGAAGGCCAACAUAAGUAGUCGGUUUGCUCUGUGGAAGAAAGAAGAAAAGAGGAAGAAAGAAUAAAAGAAGUAAGAAAGAAGCGAUGCAGAGCGCCGCUAUCUCGCCCUCCGCCGCCCCUCCCCUCCUCCGAAGCUCUACCAAGCCGCCGGCUCCUCGGUGGUCGCCGCUGCUCCUCCCUCUCCACCGCGGUGGGCCUCGCCUGCGGCCCCUCGCCGCCGUCCCCUCAUUCUCCGUCGUUGCCUCCUCCCAUGGUCCCUCGGUCCCCCGCCCCUGGGUCUCCCUCCCGUCUCUCUCGGAUCGGAGGCCCGAGGAUGGCCUCGCGGUCCGUGCGACCUCCGUCCCCGACGGCGACGCUGCCUCCAAGGAUGCCGGCGGAGGAGGGCUGCUGCAGACGCUGCAGCUCGGGUCGCUGUUUGGUCUCUGGUACCUCUUCAACAUCUACUUCAACAUCUACAAUAAGCAGGUUCUGAAGGGUUUUACAUUUCCACUUACAAUCACAACAGUUCAAUUUGCAGUUGGAACUUUUCUUGUCUUGUUUAUGUGGACCACCAAUCUAUACAAGCGACCAAAGAUUUCUGCUUCACAGCUUGCUGUCAUCUUACCAUUAGCUAUGGUCCAUACAAUGGGCAACCUUUUUACGAAUAUGAGUCUGGGAAAGGUUGCUGUUUCGUUCACACACACAAUCAAAGCUAUGGAGCCUUUUUUCUCUGUACUUCUUUCUGCCUUAUUUUUGGGAGAGAUGCCUACCAUAUGGGUUCUAUUAUCUCUUGUGCCAAUUGUUGGUGGCGUGGGAUUGGCCUCUCUCACUGAAGCUUCUUUUAAUUGGGCUGGAUUUUGGAGUGCGAUGGCUUCCAAUCUGACCUUCCAAUCCCGGAAUGUGCUUAGCAAGAAAGCCAUGGUUAAGAAAGAGGAAUCAUUGGACAAUAUAAAUCUCUUCUCUAUAAUAACUAUCAUGUCAUUUUGCCUUCUAGCUCCUGCAACUUUUUUUGUGGAGGGCAUCAAGGUUACCCCUUCAUAUCUGCAGUCCGCUGGUUUGAAUUUUAAAGAGAUAUAUCUGAGAUCUCUUCUUGCUGCACUCUGCUUUCAUGCUUAUCAGCAGGUUUCAUACAUGAUACUGGCAAGGGUAUCACCUGUCACCCACUCUGUCGGCAACUGUGUGAAGCGGGUCGUGGUCAUUGUGACUUCCGUCCUUUUCUUCAGGACACCGGUUUCACCCAUCAACUCACUCGGUACUGGUGUUGCACUUGCUGGAGUUUUCCUCUAUUCCAGGGUAAAGAAGAUAAAGCCCAAGUCUGCAUAACUAACCAAUUUUGUUUUGUUCUGUGAUGCGCUCCGAAGAGUUUUAAUUCAUCUUACAAAUAAAGCGAUAUGUUGUCUUGCUGAUUCGUCUUCUCCAAUUUUCCAUGGCAUGUCUAACUGAGCCUGAGUUUGGAACAACAACUCCUGUUUGCUUCUCAACGUCUAGGUCUUUUUCCCAAUGUAAUUGAAAUGGAGACUUGUGCUGCAUGUGGAAGAACCAUGACGGAUUUCUUUGGUUUUGUGAGUGAAACAUGGGAUUGUUGUAGCUCACUUCACCAUUCCAUGUGCAACAGCAAGAGCGACAUCAGAGCACAAAGGUGAAUGCUUCUUCUGGUGUUAAGGUUCUUCGAUGGUAAGAGUAAAAACAUAUUUGAAUAAUUUUUUGUUGAAUUAGAGAUAUUAUAUUAUA